AGCCUCCACCAUACAUGCACAUAUAUAGCCGUAUAUACGCACGUACACGUAGCAAAGAAAUCCAAGCAACAAACUUGGCAUUGAUUAAUUCAGGCCUGUUCUUGCGAGGAGAAACAAAUUAAAGAUGAGGCCUCAGCUGAUACUCGUCGUCACUCUGGCUCUUCUCGGCGUCCUCGCAGCUCUGCCGCUCGGCAAAGGCUCGUCGUGGCCGUGCUGCGACAACUGCGGUUUUUGCAACAGGAAGCUGCCGCCGGACUGCCAGUGCAAUGACGUCUCGGUGGACGGAUGCCACCCGGAGUGCAAGAACUGCGUCAAGGUCGGUGCCGGAAUUCGUCCCGGCGGCGGCCACGGCCCCGUCGUCACCUACCGCUGCGAUGACAUCCUCACUAACUUCUGCGAGCAGCGCUGCACGCCGGCGCCGGCGCCGGUGCCGGAAGCGGGAUUCCUCGGUGGAGGCUUCUGAUUGAAUGCAUGCAUGCGACAAGUCGACCGAGUUUGCUAGCUUCUUUCGAGCUUCGUGUGAGAAAGAAAUGAAAUAAAUUAAUGUAAGAAAUAAAAUAAAUGUCGCUGCUCUGCUCGAUCGGUGCUUGAUCUUGUACGUCGUCAGUGUAUUAGUACUGUUUCUGGAAUAAAGAGCCAUGCAUGAUGCAUUCUAUGCUCAAAGCACAGUUAUCGUGUCAAGUCAUGACAAUAUCUUGGUUACC